GCCUCCGCUGAAAUCCCCGCAGUCAGCUGCGAUGCGCGGUGAACAUCCUCUCUCCGGCUGAGGGCAGGCAGGAACAGCGGCAGCGACAGGCACCACCGGGCAGAUACUCUCCACAACCGUCAUGGCACCCAUCGGACUGAAGGCUGUGGUCGGCGAAAAGAUCAUGAACGACGUGAUCAAGAAGGUGAAGAAGAAGAGCGAGUGGAAGGUGCUGGUGGUGGAUCAGCUCAGCAUGAGGAUGCUGUCCUCCUGCUGCAAGAUGACGGACAUCAUGACAGAAGGGAUCACCAUUGUUGAGGACAUCAACAAGCGCCGGGAACCCCUUCCCAGCUUGGAGGCGGUCUAUCUGAUCACCCCCUCGGAGAAGGUAAGGACCCCCGGCGCCCCGUCUCGAGGACUGGGGCACCGUCCUGCGCCGGCCCCCGGGAACGAGGGCGGCUGGGCUGGGUGUGAGGGGCCCGUGCAGGACGGACACUGGGAUGGGGGGGCAGCAGUGUCCCCCCCCUGCUCAGGCGUGUCUGCCGUCGGCUCUGUCUUUGUCUCUCCGUCUGUGUGCAGGGAGUACAAGGACAGCGCCACCCUGGCUCAGCUGGUGCAGGACAAACUGGACGCCUACAAGGCCGACGACCCCACUAUGGGAGAGUCUGUGUCCAGGUACGAGACCAGCGGGAUGGGAGACUCGCGGGUGAAGGAGGUCCUUCUGGACGAGGACGAUGACCUGUGGAUGACUCUGCGACACAAACACAUCGCCGAGGUGUCCCAGGAGGUGACCCGCUCCCUGAAGGAAUUCUCUGCCAGCAAACGGAUGAACACAGGAGACAAGACCACGAUGCGGGACCUGUCCCAGAUGCUGAAGAAGAUGCCCCAGUACCAGAAGGAGCUGAGCAAGUACUCUACUCACCUGCACCUAGCAGAGGACUGCAUGAAGCACUACCAGGGCACCGUGGACAAGCUGUGCCGCGUUGAGCAGGACCUGGCGAUGGGCACGGACGCGGAGGGCGAGAAGAUCAAGGACCCCAUGAGGGCCAUCGUGCCCAUCCUGCUGGACGCCAACGUCUCCACCUACGACAAGAUCCGCAUCAUCCUCCUGUACAUCUUCCUCAAGAACGGGAUCACGGAGGAGAACCUGAACAAGCUGAUCCAGCACGCCCAGAUCCCCCCCGAGGACAGCGAGAUCAUCACCAACAUGGCCCACCUGGGGGUGCCCAUCAUCACGGAUUCCACGCUGCGCCGCCGGAGCAAGCCGGAGCGCAAGGAGCGCAUCAGCGAGCAGACCUACCAGCUGUCACGGUGGACCCCGCUGGUCAAGGACAUCAUGGAGGACGUCAUCGAGGAGAAGCUGGACACCAAGCACUACCCCUACAUCUCCACCCGCUCCUCUGCCUCCUUCAGCACCACCGCGGUCAGUGCCCGCUACGGACACUGGCACAAGAACAAGACCCCCGGAGAGUACCGCACCGGGCCGCGCAUCCUGGUCUUCAUCAUCGGGGGCGUGUCCUUCAGCGAGAUGCGCUGCGCCUACGAGGUCACGCAGGCCAACGGCAAGUGGGAAGCCAUCAUCGGGUCGACUCAUGUCUUCACCCCCACCCGGCUUCUCGAUGCACUAAAGACGAUGAAUAAACCAGACGAGGAAAACACCAGCUAAAAAUCACCUCCCUGGCCUCGCUCCCCUUUCGCAGAUCUGAUCUUCUGCCCCGCCCCCUCCAGUCCCCUCCCAUCCAUCCACCAAUCAGACAACCUGUUGUCUGGUGACAUCACAGUGAUGUCAUUCUUCCUUCCUAUAUUAAAUGUAUGCAUCUUGCUAGAGAAAAAAAAUAAUCAUUUUAAAAAAAGAAUUGCUGAAACAAAAUAAGAAAAAAAAUAUAUCUUUGAGGCUCCUCUUUUACAAUGGAUGCAAAGAUUUAAACGUUGAAAAAGCACCAUUUAACGUUAAGUACCAAAUGUAACAUUGAAUGCUCUAUGAAACCUGCUAGAAUGUGUAAGACUGUUUGUGACCCUCUGAUUUAUUAAUAGCAUCUAUCUUUCCUUUCCGCUUCGUCUGGGUGGUCAGAGGAGGAACGUGUUCAGGCAGUGCACACAGGAGUACCUGCUCUCCACAGGGAACACAGUGCACAGGAGACAGGAAUUCUGGGAGACAUGAUUUAAGGGGUCCCAGGAAACUCUGGAUAGUAGACUCCUAUCCAACCUGUUCCCGAGGGAUCCUGCAAAAUGUGCUUCGUCAGUGAGGCCGGGCAGCUGGACAGGAGAGUCUGGGAUGGGGUUCAUACUGGAGUCCGCGAAAAAGGGGGGUUGGGGGGAGGGGGGCGGAAGGGAGCGGUUUCAGACAGGAAAACAAAAUCCUGCUUCCCAGCUUCCUCCUCUGACCCACGGCUUAAGGAAGCAUUUCUCCUCCAUGAGUAAGUACAAAAAAAAAAAGUAACUUUUUGUGUCAAAAGGUCAUUGCUUGCAAACGUUUAAGGGGCCAAUUGUAUUUCAGUAUUGUAUUCUGUAAAAUGAAGUCUUCUCACUGGCUAGUAAUGAAGUUUUACCCUCCAUGCACUGAGUUACGUGUUGUGUAAGAUAUGUUACUGUUUAGCGUCUCUCCGUUCCGGUGAUGUUCUGGCUGUGACGUAGUGUGACCGUUUUUUUCUUUGGAUAAUGCCAAGCAGCUGCCACUGUGCUUUGUGACGUAUUAGCUCUAGCUGUAGUGGUGAACGGGAAAUAUAUAUAUAUAGCGAUUUUGUUGGACUUGUUUUGCUCCUGGUGCGACGUAACACUUUUCCACUGGUUAACAGCUUUGCAACAGCAACGAAAUCUAUCAGUUUUGUUUCUUCCCCCCACCACCAAGCUUCCAGUUUCCCUCCCCCUCGGGUAAUCCGUUUGUAAUGUGCACCCUGCGCGCUCCGUCACCCUUGGAGUUUCGGUUUUUUUUUUUUUGUUGUUGUUGUUGGGGUUUUGUUUUCCCAAUUUUGACGUUGUAUAGAGAUCACUGUAUUGACCGGUUGAUUUAUAUCAAAACUUAUUUAUCGAAGAAACAAAAGGUUUUAAAACUUUUUAAGUUCGUCUGUCUUGAAUCCGUUUUAAUUUAUUGGCAAUCUUUGUCUGCGAGCGGUGAAGCACAAAACUGUACUAUACAUGUCCUAUAAGUGAUGUAUUAAAGCUGUCUAAUAAAUUGGCUUCCAUUUAAAGUGCGGAUCCA